GACAGCUUGCACCAGCCUCCCACAACACCUGCCCCACCACAGCCCACGCGGCGCAUUUCCUUCAAAUCCGUUUUCGCAUCACUGCAAUCGCGUAAUACGCGCAAACCAACGCGCAAUGGCAGACAUCAUCGAUCGCGACGAGGCGACCGUGAUCCCAGCGCGCGGGCCACGGCGGUCGCGCCUUCCUGGGCCGCUGAAAGUAGCCAUCCUCUUUGUGGUGAACCUGGGCAUCAAUUCGCUGCUGUGGCAGGCCGCGUCCAACUUCCUGCCGCCUGAGCUCGGCUAUGUCAGCAAGAUCCCCACCGAGGACGACAAGUUCGCCCUGAACGGGCCGGUCGCGCGCCUCGCCAUCAAGAUCGCGACGCUCUAUGGCACCUGGGCCGUUGGCUACGACUACUACGACGUCUCGGCCCUGACGCUCCUCACCAACAUGCCCUACGCGUACCUGCUCUCGACGUACUACCAGGUCUCGACCCUCACCGUCGCAGCGCACAUGAGCAUCGAGGUCCUCUCCAUCGCCAUCCCGACCUAUCUGCUGCGCUCCCGCGCGCCUGCCCACCGCCCGAAUGUGCCCCUGCGCAACCGCUUCCUGCUCAACAGCGUGCAAGUCCAGUUCACCAACGCUCUGCUCGCCAUCGCCGUCUACUCCGUCUUGAUAUGGGGCGGCAUCCGCAUUGGCCUGAUCAACAGCUUCCUCGUCACCCACUUUGACAUCCCCACGCUGGAAGCCGCGCACCUCGAGACGCCCCUCACGGUCGGCGCCAAGAUCUUCACCGCGGGUUUCGCGGCCAAGGAGUUCCUGCUCAACCCGUCCAUUGCCGCUCAGGUGGCGUCCGGCCAGGCCACGCCCGUUGCCAACUUCGACGCGAGCACGGCGGAUCUGCAGGCGCAUCUGCGACACAACUUCUGGUACUUUGGCCGCCGCACCAGGACCCUGGUCCAGCAGACGUGGAUCCUGUGCUUCUUCACGGUUGCGAACACAAUCCAGCGCUGCAUGACGCUCAAUGGUGCCGAGUUCAACGGCGCUGCUGGGUAUGCCGGUAUGUGGGCGGUUGCCAAUGCUGUGAUUGCCGCGUGGUACGCCUGGGUUGGCGACACGAGCACUGACUACAUUGUCAACUGAGCAGAGGCGUUGGAGAGUAAAGAAAUGGCGAUGGAGGCGAAGAGAAGGAGACGAGUCUUGGAGGAGUAGAGAUAGAGACCAGGGAGAAGAAUCGGGGAGAGGCGCGGCGUUCCGGCUCUGAUGAACAUGGCAUUGGAGGCACGCUCAGAUCUUGUACGCAGGUCUCUGAGACCGGACAGUACAAAGCACAAACGCAGGAGGACAGGUAGAUACCAUUUGUUUGCAUAUGACCACAUAGUCCCAUGAACCAUCUAGUUCCAAAAACACCCGCUCUCGGCGCACCGCUGCACCUCGGC